AUGCUUUGGAGUGAACGAUAUUGGCUUCCAAAAGGUGUUUCAUGGAAUGAUUUGGAAUCUAAUGAAACUGUUCGAUAUCCUGACAUUUGGGAAUUAGUUUAUGCAAUGAAGUAUGCUUUGAAGAGAAAAUACAAUGAUGUGUUAUCGAGCAUAAUUUUCAGAUAUAGUGUGGCAUUACUAUUACUCAGAAUUGCUUGUGAAUGCUUUAUAUUUCUUCCAAUUUGUUGUUCAUUUGGUUUGGUUAAAGAACCAUUAUGGAUUCGUAUGAGAGAACAUUUAAAUAUUUGGCAAGCCAAUAAAGGAAAAUUUAAAAAAAUGUCGGAAACAAUUUGGCGAUUCCUAUUUUAUUUUUCUAUUUGGAUAUACGGGCUUUUUGUUUUACAUGAUCAGCCACAAUUUUAUGAUGUAACAGAAUGUUGGCGAAAUUGGCCUCGUCAUGAACUAAAUAGUAAAGUUUGGUGGUAUUAUGUGAUUGAAACCUCUUUUUAUUGCUCGCUUAUAAUAAGUUCAUUUACAUUCGACAUUCGACGGGCUGAUUUCCUUCAGAUGACGUUCCAUCAUUUAAUCACUAUUAUACUUUUGUUUUUAAGUUUUGCUAUGAAUAUGGUUCGGGUCGGUACGCUUGUACUUUUUAGUCACGAUUUAGCUGAUAUUUUUCUUGAAUUUGGUAAAAUUUGUCGAUAUGCUGGUUGUCAAUCAGCGCUAACUUGCAUUUUUUUAAUGUUCACGGUGGCAUGGAUCGCCACGCGUCUUAUAUAUUUUCCAUUCUUUAUCAUUCGAUCAGUGCUAUUUGAUGCACCUCUCCUAAUACAGGCUGAUUAUCGAUGGGAAAAUAUACGUCAGGUACCAAUAGUUCCUCGAUUAUUCGUCGUAAUGUUGCUCUUUUUGUUAAUUUUACAUAUUUAUUGGACUUUUUUAAUUAUCAAAAUUGCAAUAAAGUCAACGCAGGGCAAAAUUGACGACAUUAGAGAGGAUUCAGACGAUGAAAUAUCAUCUACUCCAUCACUGGAAAAUGUGAAUGGAGAUGUGAAAAAUGAUGAGAAAUGGAAUAAAAAAAGAGAUUGA